AGGAGAAGCCACAAGCGAUCAGCUGAAGACGACGUCAACGACGAUCUGCCCCAGCCAUACAAUGCCAACUCCCUCCAGGCACCCAAGCGACGUGCCAUAUCUCCAUCCGAGCAGCCGCGGAAGCUGAAGCGCCCAGGAGCGCGCGCUCGCUUCUCCGAGGCCGAGCGAGAGGCCAUCCGCCUGCGCCAGAUCGAACGCGAUCGUCAAGCCGCCCAGGCCGCUGCCUCCCAGGCUGCGGAGGAAAACAAGAUCCGAGGCAUCAACGAUGUCGUUAGAGAACACUACAACAGCGUGCCCGAGCGAGGACGCGACUGGCGCACCCGCGAGAGCAAGAUCAAGGGCCUGCGCGUCUUCAACAACUGGGUCAAGAGCUGCAUCAUCCAGCGCUACUCGCCCGAUGAAGACCACACGCCCGGAUCGCGAGAAAUGGGCCGGUCGAGCGGCAGAGAACUCCUUGUUCUCGAUAUCGGCUGCGGAAAGGGCGGUGAUCUGAGCAAAUGGCAGCAAGCGCCACAGCCUAUCCAGCUCUACGUCGGCCUGGACCCUGCCAACGUCAGUAUUGAGCAGGCAAGAGACCGAUACAGGCAAAUGGGCUCUCGUGGAGGUCGAGGAGGUCGUGGCGGACGACAUGGCAGACCUCCGCCUCGUCUCUUUGAUGCGCGGUUCCACGUCAAAGACUGUUACUCGGAGAGUAUUGAGGAUGUGGAAAUCAUCCGGCAAGUCGGCUUUGACCCGUCUACCAUGAACCGCCGUGGCUUCGACGUCGUCACCAUGAUGUUUUGCAUGCACUACGCCUUCGAGUCCGAAAAGCACGCUCGCACUAUGCUCCGUAAUGUCGCCGGCGCGCUCAAGAAGGGCGGCCGCUUCAUCGGCUGCAUCCCCAACUCGGACGUGCUCGGCGAGCGAGUCCGCGCCUUCAAUGCCAAAAUGGCUGCCAAACGCGAGGCCAAGGAGGUCAACGGCGACGGCUCUACGACCCCUAUUUCUACGCCGCCUCCCGCCGCAGAGCCUGAAGACGGAGAGCUUGAAGAGGGCGAGGCCGAACCAACGGCCGAAUGGGGUAACUCAAUCUACCGCGUGCGAUUCCCAGGCAAGACCCCCGAAGAUGGUGUCUUCCGUCCCGCGUUUGGCUGGAAGUACAACUUCUUCCUGGAUGAGGCCGUCGAGGAAGUCCCCGAAUACGUCGUCCCUUGGGAGGCGUUCCGUGCGUUGGCCGAGGACUUUAACCUGGAACUGCAAUUCCACAGGCCCUUUCUGGAGAUUUGGGAGACGGAGAAGGAUGAUCCGGAGCUUGGACCGCUGAGCGAGAGGAUGGGAGUCCGUGAGAGAGGCGGCGGAAGACUUCUCGUCUCGGAGGAUGAGAUGGAGGCCGCAAGCCUUUAUGUUGGCUUUUGCUUUUACAAAGUAUAG